CUAAGAAUUUUCACAAAGCCAAACUAAGCUCGCUCACUCACAUAGUCAACUACUCUCUCUUCUCUACUUUCACUUUGUGAGUAGAGUAUGAGAAAAGCAACAUAUACAAGUUUAGACAUUUACACACACAUACACUCACUUUCGUUUUCUCUCUCUUUUUUUUUUCAUAUAUACAAUAAAAUAUCAUAAAAAUGUCGGAUAAAAGGAUUGAAGCCCUCGUGUGUGCCUCGCACUCGGCCUAAGGUCUCUUGAGAAAAAGUGUCAACGCCCCAAAACCAAAAGAAAAAGAAAAGAAAAGAAAAAGGAAAGAGCUUUGGUGAGGAAGCUUCCCACCUUGCUUCCUUCUCCUCCUCCUCCUUUGGCUCCUCUCGCCUUGUCAAUUUAUAUGUGUAGUUUGAGUGAGUUUCUGACCCUACUCGUACUCAUUCUCAACACCCAUUUUCCUAAAAAGAACCAAAGCCAAAACCUUACUAGCGUAGUGUAAGUGUAACCCUUCACUGUCUUCCAUUUCAGUCCUCCUCAGCCGCACCAACCCACCACCAGUUUUUCUCACUGAUUUUUGGCUAAUGGCGCUCAAUGAUGAUAACCCAUCUUCUCUAACUAAUCGAAAGAGAAAGUUUGAAGAAAAAGACAGUUGCAUUCUCAGCAAUUUCUCCAUGGAAGAGCUUAACCAAGAUGUUCUUGAAAGAAUCCUUUCAUGGCUACCAACAUCCACAUUCUUUCGCCUAACUUCAGUCUGCAAAAGAUGGAAAUCAGUGGCAGCUUCUGAAAGUUUUAAGCUUGCCUGCUCAGGAAUACCAUCAAGAGAUCCAUGGUUCUUCAUGGUUGAUCCCCAACUCAACCGAAUGGUUGUCUUUGACUCUGCUGAAAAGACUUGGAAAAGGCUUAAUCACCCACCUCUCCUUCAGAAAAGCUCCAACUACAGCUCAAUGCCGGUUGCAGCCUCUGGUGGCUUGAUCUGUUUUCGCAAUUUAUCUGGUGAUUUAAUCUUAUGCAACCCAGUUUCAGGAUCCUGCAGCCAAGUCCCUUUGCUCGAUUCGCCAUUACAAAGCCAACCUCUUCAUGCCAUUGUGAUGAACAACCAUUCUCACAACAACAACAAACUCACCUUAGCGUUUGGCGAGUUUCCAAAGCUCUCAUUCAAAGUCUACAACUCCAUUACUAAUUCGUGGGAAGAAGAGAUUGAAUUACACCAAUUCAAGGAUGAAAACUCUAUAACAGACAAUGAAGACAAUGCUGUUUACUUCCUCAGCAAAGCUGGAAAUGUAGUAGCCACCAAUAUGCAAAGAAGCCCAUGUAAGCAAUACUCAUCAGUGAUCACUAAUCAAAAUGGUGAGGAGAUUGUUUAUUUCCUAAGCUCAACUGGGAAAGUUGUGGCCUGCAAUCUUAACACCAAGUCCUUUUUCGAGUAUCCAAGGCUGCUACCCGUGUUCUGUGAGUACUCCAUUGAUGUGGUGGAGUGUAGAGGAAAAAUGCUGGUUGUGCUUUUGUCUGAGUUCUUCGAAAGCGCCAGCUUAAGAGUCUGGUGGUAUGACGAGGUGACUCGAGCUUGGCGCCAAGUCGCGGCAAUGCCACCAGCAAUGUCACAUGCCUGGUAUGGCAAGAAGGUGGAUAUAAACUGUGUUGGAGCUGGGGAUCAGAUUUUGAUCUGCUUGAACUCUGCAGAGCUUUUCAGCUAUGUUGUGUGUGAUUUGGUGAGCAAUGAAUGGGUUGAUUUGCCUAAGUGUUGUGUUGAUGGUAAAUCUGUGGAUUUCAUGUCUGCAUUCUCCUUUGAGCCAAGAAUUGAAGCUAUAGUUUGACAACUACAAUAUUGACUUGAAGAUUUUAGAAAUGACAUCUCAUUGUAAUUUUAUUUAGAUUCUUUGAAAGAAAAAAAAUGAUGCCAAUUGAAAUUGGCUUGUAACUGAGUUUAGUGAGAGUGAUUGUUGACAUAGUAGGACAAAGUUAUAAUCUUGUUUGUUUUAUUCUAGUAUUAUCUGUAAUGAGUAAGUUUUCUUAUAAAAUAGUUUAUUAUUUAUUUA